AUGGAGGACCAAUCGGACCUGCCUAACGUUAGCAUUCCUUGCCACAAUGAGCAACGAGACAAGAAAAAGCGCUACACGGUUUAUAAAGUGAUUGUCAACGUCGGCCAGCAAGAAUGGUUCGUCUUCCGACGAUACGCCGAGUUCGAUAAACUCUACAACGCAUUAAAAAAACAGUUCCCGUCUUUAAGCUUGAAGAUUCCUGCCAAGAGGAUCUUUGGCGAUAACUUUGAACCCGAGUUCAUCAAGCAGAGACGAGCCGGGCUGCACGAGUUCAUUAAAGGCAUCGUGUCGCUUCCGCAGCUUUGCAACAAUCCAGAUGUGAGGAGUUUCCUGCUAAUGGACAAAAUGCAAAAUCUGCAAAACUCCGACGCGUCCGAAGAUGAAGACGACAAAAACAACUCAUCUUCCAGAAACAUUAACCUGGGGCCUUCUGGAAACCCGCACGCCAAGCCUACUGACUUUGACUUUUUGAAAGUCAUCGGGAAGGGAAGUUUUGGGAAGGUGUUCCUAGCCAAAAGGAAGCUGGACGCUAAGUAUUAUGCCAUAAAGGUCCUACAGAAAAAGGUCAUUCUCAACAGAAAAGAGCAAAAACACAUCAUGGCCGAGCGCAAUGUACUGCUAAAGAAUGUGAAACAUCCCUUCCUGGUGGGCCUCCAUUACUCCUUUCAGACCACAGACAAGUUGUAUUUUGUCUUGGAUUUCGUCAACGGAGGGGAACUUUUCUUCCACCUUCAAAAAGAGCGGACCUUCCUGGAACCGCGAGCCAAGUUUUACAUCGCCGAAAUGGCCAGCGCCCUCGGCUACCUGCACUCGCUCAACAUUGUAUACAGAGACUUGAAACCUGAAAACAUCCUGCUUGACCAUGAAGGUCACAUCAUUUUGACAGAUUUUGGUUUGUGCAAGGAAGGCAUUUCCCAGACGGACACUACCAGCACUUUUUGUGGCACGCCUGAGUACUUGGCUCCAGAGGUGCUAAGGAAGCAGCCGUAUGACAAUACGGUGGACUGGUGGUGUCUUGGUUCCGUACUCUACGAGAUGCUAUUUGGCUUGCCGCCAUUUUACAGCAGGGACACGCACGAGAUGUAUGACAACAUUCUGCACAAGCCGUUGGUAAUACGCGCAGGUGCAUCUAACGCAGCGUGGUCGCUGCUGCAAGGCCUCCUGGAAAAAGAUGGAGCACUCCGACUUGGAGCCAGAGAUGACUUGAAUGAAAUCAAAACGCAUCCCUUCUUUGCCUCCAUCAACUGGAAUGAUCUUGAACAGAAGAAAAUCCCUCCCCCGUUUACGCCCAACGUGAACUCUUUCUCCGACAUCUCAAAUUUUGACCCCGAGUUCACAGAGGAAAUGGUGCCCAACUCUGUUUGUUGGACCCAGGAACACUCCAUCGUCAACGCCAGUGUAAUGGAAGCCGAUGACGCCUUUGUGGGCUUCUCAUACGCCCCGCCCUCCGAUGACUCGUUCCUAUAA